CCCCCCCCCCCCGCCCCGGCCGGCGGCCCCGGUAUGUCGCGGAAGAAAGCGGCUCGCAGUAAGGGCGGCGGGGCCGCGCCCUCCGCCGCGCUGCCCCCCGCCGCCCAGGGCUCCGGCCGGGCCGCCGCCGCCGCCGCCCCGAGGGGCUCCGCGCCCGCUCCCGAGCUGCCCCGCAACAGCGGAGCGGCGGCGGCGGCGGUGGGUCGUCCCUCGCUGAGCAGCAGCGGGGAGUUCUACGAUCUCGCUUUCAAGGUGAUGCUGGUGGGCGACUCGGGGGUUGGCAAAACCUGCUUGCUGGUGCGGUUCAAAGACGGCGCUUUCCUCGCCGGCAGCUUCAUUUCCACAGUUGGAAUCGACUUCAGGAAUAAGGUGCUGACGGUGGAUGGGGUGAAGGUGAAGCUGCAGAUCUGGGAUACGGCCGGACAGGAGCGCUUCCGCAGCGUCACCCACGCCUACUACCGGGAUGCCCACGCACUGCUCCUACUCUACGAUGUCACCAACAAAGCGUCGUUCGACAACAUCCAGGCUUGGCUGACAGAGAUUCAUGAAUACGCGCAGCAAGAUGUGGUCCUGAUGUUACUGGGAAACAAGGUGGAUUCAGCCCAGGACAGAGUGGUGAAAAGGGAAGAUGGAGAAAAAUUAGCCAAGGAGUACGGAGUGCCCUUUAUGGAGACCAGCGCAAAAAGUGGCCUCAAUGUUGAAUUAGCGUUCACAGCCAUUGCAAAAGAACUGAAGCACAGGUCCAUGAAGCUGCCCAACGAGCCCAAAUUCAAGCUCCACGACUACGUGAAGAAGGAAGUGAGAGGCUCAAGCUGCUGCAGGUCCUAAUGCGCUCGGUGCGUUUGUACAGAGACUCAUGCCAAGUGUUCGUGCGCCGCGCUCUCUCCUCGUGGACAAUGUGUGCAUGUCUGUCUGUCGUGUCUGUAUCUGCCUAAAAGGUGAGCUGAGACAUGGGGAACGGAAGCAGCAGCAGCAGAACAAGCUCGCUCAGAUGGGGCGGACGCUGGCCGUGCUGCAGCCACGUGCCAGGCGCUGCUCUCCAAGCCCCCAUUGCAUCCAUCCGUGCUGCGAGCCCUCCGGCUUCCCUCGCCGGUUGCUCCUGCCUGGCUCGCAGCCGCUCGUCCCCAUGCAGGUGGGAGGGGGGCGGUCGGGAAGGGACUGGGGUGGGCUGGGGUCUCACCGUCGCUCCUUCCAGGGCCGGGGCAGUCGGUAGACCCGGCUGUCUCUACCCGUUCAGCAGCAGCCAGGAGCAUCACGAGGCUUCUUUAAUGUUAGUAACAAUUACGGUGUGACUAAGGGGAACGAAUGCCUUCUCCACACCAAACAUCUGGGUAGGAAAAAGUCCCAAAUUCCCUUUUCUUUCCCUGCGUACCUGGAAUUCAGCUGUUCAGAGCCCUGGCCUGGGGCACACCGGAAAGACUUGUUUUCAAGGCAACCAUUUUUUGUAGUUGCUUACUUAUGUCUGUCCAUCUUUCAUGUGGUUUAACACACCUCCUCACUGAAGGUUUCUCCUCCUCCCUGCAGAAGACAAGAGCUUAGCUGUCUGUUGAGUAAGCUCCUGCUAACCUAUCUGUUGUACAGAGAUUUCCUGAAUGUCUAUCUGUUCGGUAAAGGCUUUGAUUCUCUUACUUCUGCUGUUUCGAGUACUUUAAUUGAGAAGAAAUCUAAUGUAUUGCAGCUUAUUCUAAAUACCUUCAUGUAAGCGUGAUAGCGUUUUUAGACUGCAACAAUGCUUUGGUAUCUUCAAAGUUCUCUUGGGACAGCUCUUUCUUUUAACUGAAGAAAGCUGGGGGAAAUGCUGUAGGCAUUGAUUUUACAGGUUUCAGACUCUCCUGCCAGCUCUCUUCAAUGGACUCCUCAUCCUUUUGGUCUGUGUCAGGCAUUUGGCUUUUUUUUUUUUUUUAAAAGCUGCACUUCUAAGUACAGAUUUGAAUUUGGAUGAAGUGUUUGGCCUGUGGCAGUUUUCUUUGAAAAUUCCACAUGCACAACACCAGGUGCCCACCACACUGAACCUCCUCGUGCUGCCCUAAAUGGGCCACUUAAAAUAACACAUCCUUCACUCUCCAGCCAAGCACGAGCGCUCUCAGCAGUUGGUUUAGAUGCCCCUGCCCCUUGUUUUGCUCGGGGUGUUAGCUCCGGCACUGCAUUCCUGAUGCGCACAAAGACCCUCCGCAGCUACCGUGUGCGAUUCAGACAGGCAGGGACUCCUCAGAGCUACAGUAAAAUGAGCAGCUACUGCUUAAAGUGGGUUCUGCACAAUAACAGUAUGAAAAAGGAUCCUAAAAUAAACCUACUGCAAACAGAGCAUUUUUUCCUAAAUAGCUUUUUAGGGAGAAACAAGUCUUUCAACUGUCUGAUCUAAAUUUUAUUUAAAUUAUUUACUGAAAAACUGUUCCUGCAGGAAUACUUGCAGCGCACAGCCUAGAGCAGACCCCUGCUGCGAGUGCCAGCACUGCAGGAGCAGGCAGGUGAGCUCUGCUGGCAGCAGUAAGCAGGGGCUGUGGGAGAAUGGCAGUCAGGGCCCCCCCUCCGUGUCCCACCUCAGCCGCAAUGCUCCCCACAGAUCCAGGGGGACAGCCAGCACUGGCAGAGCUGCUCCCGCCAGAGCAGCAGCCAUCUAUCCCUCAACCGAGACUUUCUCCGAAAUAACUGGAACAACUCUCUUCACCUUUACCCACUCUAGAAGGCAGCAAUGCCUGCUACAAGUGCUCUCUUAAGACUUGUUCGCAAGUAGCAAUAGAACACAGGGAACGCUCUGAAAGUUGCUCAGGUGCUGUCAAGAAGUGCACAGGAAUCUGUAAAAACUCAGUUUCACGCUGCUUUGGUGAGCUUCGCUGUGUUCCUGUGGCUGCUACUUGACCAGUGUGUCCUACAUGAAGCUGCUUACCUUAGAGCCACCUCCAUUCUCAUUCUGGGCUGUGUAGCACACACUUGCUGGCUGAGAUUAAGGAAAAAAGGGACUGGGAUUUCCUCGAGUCCUGAGCUUGCUAUGUACCAGUAUUUUGGUAUCCCAGCUGUGCAGGGAAGGGCCAGCCCAGCAGAGAGGCACAGAACAGCAGUCAGGCAGCUCCAAUACCCAAUCUGUGCCCAGGUCUGAUUUUGGCUCUGUGUUUUCUCAGCCUGACCUUAGCAGUGCAGCACCAGCCCCUGUCCUGAUGUGCCAGUCACUGCAUGGUCACAUUACUCCAGAAGCUCUAUGGAGUCUCCCCCUAAAGGCAAAAAUAAGCAGCAGUAUUCUUAAUGCUCCCAUCAGGUUGCUGCCUUCCCUCUCCCUCACAGGGCAAUAAAGCCUUGCACCUUGCUGUCCUGAAGAAAAAGCUGGCAACUCUGAACUUACUCCUUCAGUGGGGGACCAAAACUAAUUUAAAUAAGAUGUAAAUGUGACCCUUUGAAUACUUUAAGUAUGCCUGUUGGGAGCCAACUCUACCACAGCAGAGAUAUCACAACUGCAUUUGUGGUAUUAGACCUAAACUUUAAGGCAGACUCAGUCCCCAUCUCUCCCAGUCACAAGUUCCCUCUUUGCGACUGGUCUCCCAAAGCCUGCACAUUGACCUUGCCCUAAAGCUCUUCCUCAGACUGUUCUUUGGCAUCUUCUCACACGGGCCUUUACUGCCACCAAGCGAUGAAGAAUUAAUUGUUCGGUGCAUUCAAACAAGCCAGAGGACUCAGCAUUACAUGCAACUUCUCAUUUUUGCUGGCUCUUGUUUACAGCUUUUGUUUCAUUCCUGUUAAUAAAUUUUUUUAAUAAUC